AGUACAGAAACAGUUAUUUGAGUUAAGAGCAGAAUAUAAGAGCAGUUCCCAUGCUUUGUCUCUCCAGCAGUGACCAUCUUUGGCAUCUGUGCAUUCUUCAAGGACACAAGCCUUAGAAGCCAUGGCUUUCCAGUCUAAUGUUAUCAACACACAACCUACCAAUGCCAGACAAUACGCAGUAACUACAGCACGUUCUUCAGAGUGGAGUACAAGUGUGUUCGACUGCUGUGAUGACUGUGUCAUCUGUCUAUGUGGAGCAUUCAUCCCAUGCAUCCUUGGUUGUAAUGUGGCCCGGGACAACGGAGAGAGCUGCUGUCUACCUUUUCUCCCAGGAGCAUUGAUUGCUUUAAGAACAAGCAUCCGCAAUAAGAACAACAUUGAAGGCUCGGUGUGUAAUGAUUGGUUGGUCAUGGCCUGCCUGCCUUUAUGUGGACUGUGCCAGAUGGCACGAGAGCAGAAGAUAAGGGGAUAAACUGAUCACUGACUAAUUAUUUAGAAUAACAAGUUAGAAUUUGUAUAUUUGUCUGAUCUGAAACUUGUUUUUGAACAUUUCUUAACUAUAACUAUACCUAUUUUGUAUCAUUAACAUUUCUUACUAUUGUGUAACAUUCUAUAUAUGUUCUGAAAUAACAAUGUUAAUAAUGUGAGGUGGAGGCAGAACAAAAAAUAAACCAAUUAUGAACAAUGAAGGAUAGGGACAUUUAAAGCAGUCUUGACCUUUUCUUUUGCCCUGAUAGUUUUGGACAUUUAAGACUCAUAUUUAUUUAGGUAUGCAAACAACAAACAAACAAACAAACAAAAAAACAACAUAGAAUACUAUUUAAUUUUCAAUUAAUCAUGUUUCAAUAACACAUAAAAUUGUCUUUAUAGGAAUAAUUCUCUGUAAUUGUACUUACACAAUCACCAGUAUUUCAAUAA